GGCGGAGAAGCGCGACCGGGACCUCCGCAUGAAGCGGGGGAAGCCGAAGCAGCAGGCGUGGGCGGCGGACGCGCCCACGCCCGCGGCCUCGGCCUCCGCAUGCGCCCGCGCGCCGUGGCCCGCCUCGGACGAGGACGAGGGCUCCACGACCGCGGAGUCGAAGGGCCCGGCGCCCCGAGCGGCCGACGAGCCCUCGGCCCCCUCGGCGAAGUCGAAGAGGGAGGAGAAGAUGGAGCAGAAGCGCGCGCUGGCCGAGGAGCGGCAGCUCGCCCGCGAGGCGGCCCUGGACCGCGCGCGGUCCAAGUCCAAGACCGGCGGGCGCAGCAAGAGCAAGGCCGAGCGCCAGGCGCCCGCGGCGCCGGCGGCGCGAGGCCCGCCGCCGCCCGCCCAGGCCGAGGACGAGGCCGAGGACGAGGCGCAGGCUGCCGCGCAGGAGCGCCGGCGGCGGCGGGAGGCGGAGCGCGCCGCGUACGAGGCGGAGCUCCAGGAGCUGCAGCAGCUGGAGCAGCUGGAGGCCGAGGCCGAGGCCGCGAGGGAGGCCACCCGGGCCUUCGCCGAGGCGCGGGCGCGGCGGGAGGCCGGGGCCGCGGCCGGGGCCGCGGGCGGGGCCGGCGCGGCCGCGGCGGCGGGGGCGCCCGCCGAGGAGGACGACGACCUGGACGGCUGGGAGAUCCUGUGA